AUGGUGAGGGAGCAUAAUAGCAUUAGCAGUGGAUGGCCACCAAUAGGGGCCCCACUAAACGUGCAGAGAGAUGAAUAUGAUCAGCAUUGGAGCAGCUUCGACAGUUCAGUGAAUGCUGUAUCUUUUGGCUUUGUUGCCACUGCCAUUCUCAUUUCCAUGUUCUUGGUCAUGGCCAUCUUUGAGAGGUUCCUCAAACCCACUUCGCCGCCCCUGUUGCCGUCCGGCGAUUGGAACCGUCGCCGGAGCUCUCAGAUGCCGUUGAAUGAGAAGCUUGCCCACCCUUCACCGAAAGUGAGUGCUCAAAAACUCAUUUAUUCAUGGAGUGUGCUCUGUGAGUGUUCACUGUUCAUCACAGCUUGA